ACACUCAGACAGACAGACACAGACACAGACACACACAUAGAGAAGCACACAUGCACACAAACACACACGCACUCAGACACAGAGUGAGACUAUCACAGCAGAUUCUCCGUAGAACUGCUGGUUCUCUGCUACUCACUUAAGACUCAAACUCACCAAGUGAAUACUGUUGUCGCUCUACUGCAGGAAGAGUAGCUCUGACUUCCACGACACAAGUCUCCAGCCAUAGUGGAUCCAAAUGGAUAACAAACUACAGGCAUAGCGUAUCUAGGACUAUAACAUCCAAUGAAUCCCAUUUUUGCAAGACACUGGUAACGUGAGAUUCAAGAAAGAUUUAGCUGUUAUUUCUUGCAGAACAACGAUAGUUUUCCAUAGCUCCAUGUUGUCUGCUAGCAACUUAAGACACCUACAACUUAACACUUCAGUUACAUAGUAUGAAAAAGCAUUACAGAUGCAGAAGAGUAAGAGAUUAAUCCCUGUUUUUCUGCAAGAACCUUCCUCGACAUUGAUACACCAAUUAAAAACGUUGUGGACAUGUAAGAAAACGCUCAAUGUUUGAACCCUACAACAGCUGGCUCUAUCAGUUAUGAGAGGGGCAAUUCUGGCACCAGUUUGUAUAUUGCUCACCUGCUUUCACUACUGCCUGUGUGUCGACCUCAUUUAUCAUGUUGAUGAAAGUCAGGAGGCAGGUAGCUUCCUGGGCGAUAUAUCUGCUGACAUACACUUGCAUGAUAGCAUCACUCUACAAGAUCGUAGAUUGAUUAGUUUUAGUCAAUUGUCAAAGAAGGGGACAGCUGUAUCGCAGCUAUUCAAUGUAACCAGGAGUGGAAAACUCUACACGGGACAAACAUUCGAUGCAGAAUCGCUUUGUAUAUACAACACAGAAUGUUACAGGAUGGUAGAUGUUGCCGUACAAAAAGCAGAUAUUUUCAUGAACAUAUUAAAAAUUAAAGUUAUUAUAAAGGACAUCAAUGAUCAUCAACCUCGUUUUCAUAGCAAGCAAAUAAACCUAACAUUUUCUGAAACUGACCGAAGUGGGACUAAAAAGUCCAUUCCAAAUGCUAUUGAUGAUGAUGUUGGGGUUUUAAAUUCUCAAAUUACAUAUCAACUCAAAAGAGAACCCAAUUUACCAUUUGAAUUAUCAAUAUCAGAAAAACUAGACGGCACAUCAAAACUUGGAAUAAUAUUAGAAGAGACGUUAGAUAGAGAAGUACAAGACGUUUACCAUGUACAGGUCAUUGCAAAAGAUGGAGGAUCCCCACCCAAACAAAGUAUUUUAAAUGUUCAAAUAUUUGUACUUGAUGUAAAUGAUAAUUCACCUGUGUUUUCUCGGGAUAUUUACAAUGUUUCUAUCAAGAGAGAUCACCCAUCAAAUAUUCCAGUUGCUGUUGUGAGUGCAACUGAUUCUGACGCGGGAAAAAACAGUCAGGUCUCAUACCAUUUCAGUUCAAAAACAUCCGAUAUCGGGAAGGCACAUUUUGAAUUGAAGGAAACCAGUGGGGAAAUUUUCCGCCGGAGAAAUAUAACAUCAGAACAAAAAUUAUUUUAUAAAUUAUUUGUAGAAGCUGCAGAUGGAGGAAGUCCACCUUUAAGUUCUAUUGCAUUGGUUCUCGUAUAUGUGAUCAACCAACAAAACAAUGCUCCAAGUAUAGAUGUCAAUUUUGUAUCAGCUUUAGCGGAAAACACUGUUACGGUAUCGGAAGGUACCAAAGUUGGAAGUUUUAUUGCUUAUAUAAAAGUCACCGACAAUGAUAGUGGUAAGAAGGGUGAGGUGAGCUGUGAGUUAAAACACAGUAAAUUCCAACUUUUAAGUUUAGGUUCAAAGGAAUAUAAAGUAAUUCUCAAAACUUCAGUAGACAGAGAAGUUGAAGACCUUCAUAAUAUAACAAUAUCAUGUAGAGAUAAUGGGUCUCCACCAUUAACAACAGAAAGUAAAUUUUCUAUCCAAGUAAUGGACGUCAAUGAUGUCCAGCCACAGUUUACAAAAGAUGUAUUCAAAUUUUUGACAUAUGAAAAUGAGGAGGCAAACUUUCCUGUAGGGUUUAUUAAUGCUACUGACCCUGAUUUAGGGCUUGGGGGUCAACUUACAUAUUCUCUGCUAUAUAAAAAUAAUAAAGUGCUUCCGUUUAAAAUUACAAAUGAAGGAUUAAUUCUAACAACAAGAACAUUAGACAGGGAAGUAGAAGAAAUAUAUGAAUUUCAAGUUUUCGUCAAAGACAAUGGGAAACCGUCAUUGAAUAAUACAGCAAACGUCAUUGUCGAAGUCAUGGAUGAAAACGAUAACGCCCCAUAUUUUAUCUUUCCAAAUGUUGAUCCCUUUAACUUAGAUGUACACUAUCACCCACAGAGUAAAAGUGAUAUCACUACAAUUAGAGCCUCUGACAGAGACGGUCAUGUCAACGCCUUUCUUACGUAUGAAAUAAUUAAAGGUAACAAUAAACACUUGUUUGCAAUUAACCUACACUCGGGUGUAUUAUCUUUCUCUCGUAAAGUUUAUCAAAAUGAUAUAGGGACAUAUGAACUUCAAUUUCUUGUAAAAGACAGUGGCAUUCCAGUUUUAUCAGCUACGACCACCAUGACGCUGACAUUAACCGUCAGUAAUGAAACUACUGGAAUGUUAACGAAUCUUGAAUUGCAGUCAGAUAAUAAAAUACAUCUUAAUUUAGUAAUAGCCAUUACAUCCAUCGCAGUGGUGGUGUCAAUUGCAGUAGUUGUUUCUCUAACGCUAUGCAUUGUCAGAUGCAAUAAUAUGAGGAAUGCUUCUUACAGAGCAGUAGAGAACCUUUCCAAUCAAUCUCGGAACGAAAUGCGGCAUCUAAUGUCUCAGAUUGAUAAUCCAGUUAUUGUGACAAGGAAUCCGAAGGAAAUGAGAAGUAGAAAUAUACAGCUCGUUGGCUCAAAAAGUCAGCUGUUUUCUAGAGAUAUACUAAAAAAUAAAAAGGCCAAAAAAUUACCAACUGUCAAACAGGGCUACAUUGAGCAAAGAGCAAUGAUAUUCGGUUGUGAAAAGGGCAAUACUAGUAUGGCCCACAGUGCAACAUCAUCCUCUCACUUGGAUGGAGUACAUGACUCAAAGGAGAAAGACCUUGGACAUUAUGAGGAGAUACCAGAGAACCAUAUUCGGUCAUCUGAUAAAUUACCAAUUUUCAAUACAAAAAUCAAAUAA